AUGGCCUCCUUCCUUCUUUCCCUGAGCUUUGCCUCGCGCCUGGCUGCUGCGGUGCACGUGGCAUUCAUCGCACCCCCGGCCUCCCACUAUGCGCCGCCGAUGUUGCCCAUCGCCCACGGCUUGCUGGAUGAGGGUCAUACCGUAACCUUCCUGGCCCACGACGAGACGGUCAGGAAGAUCAAGAAGCUGGUCCCGCAGGCCUCCCUGGUGGACAUCGGGCCCUCGGGCAUCGACCGCGAGAAGAUGGCACCCAUGCAGGACUUCAUGCAGAGCCUGGGCUACGGCGUGGCGCAGGUGCUGACCUCCAUGGCCAUGCCGAUGCUGGGCAACCUCAUGGGAGGCCCCAUGGCCUUAGCCAUGAAGUCUCCCCUGAUGGAGAUCAAGCCCGACGUGCUGUGUGUGUCUUACAUUUAUCCCGCCUUCUACGCCUUGGGCGAGGUACUGGGGAUACCCGUGGUCGGCAUCGGUUGGGGCACGCCGAGCUGGCUGACGUCCCAGAUUGACCUUCCAUGGGCUACAGAGCCCAACGUGGGGUCCAUCCACUCACGCCAGGAGCUCUACGACAACGUCUUCUUGCUCCUGGAAAACACAGCCGUGCGCAUCUUCGGAUUCGUCGCCCUGCGCAUCGGCAGCACGCUCAACAUGUACUUCCGCUAUCAGCUCGGGCAUCCGCGGCCCCUGGAGGUCUGGGAGUUUGACGCCGUCCUGCAGCACCCGGCAGUCAUCACCACCCUCCCAGAGCUGACGGCCGGAACGGUCUGGAGCCCAUACACGUUCACCGUGGGAAUCUUGGACCACCCGGCCCUUGAAGGGAGCGGCAUGAUGAAGAGUGAUGACCAGGAGAAGAUCGUGUCCUGGCUGGACGAGCAGCACCGGGCAUCAAAGGAAGUCCUCUACGUGGCCUUUGGCUCCGAGGUCCGCCUGUCCAAGGCGCACGCCGCACUUUUGGUGGAGACGUUCAAGAAGGGCGGCUUCACAGUCCUCUGGGCCUCCAAGGUGAAACCGGAGGUGCCUAUCCCAGACCACGUGCUGGUGACGAAGUUUGCCCCGCAGCGCGCCGUCCUGGCGCACCCCGCGGUCUUCGGCUUCGUCUCGCACGGGGGGAUGAACAGCGUGAACGAAGCCCUGGCUUUCGGGAAGCCCCUGGCCAUCAUGCCGUUCUUUGCGGAUCAGAUGAUGGUGGCCGUGCUUCACAGAGACCUGGGGGUUGCCGUCAUGUUGGACAAGACGGCGGCCACGGCCGAUGACCUGGUUGCGGCCAUCCGCAAGAUUUCGACGGAGCCCUUCCGGCGCCGGUCACGUGAGAUCAAGGAGCUCAACGAGCAGCGCCGGGACAUGUCCAGGGCUGUUCAGGUCAUCGUCAACCAGGCAACUGGAAAGUUCUACCUGCACACCCCGCCGUGCCCAAACCUGCUGCUCCGGACGAUUCCCCUGCUCGUCACCCUCGUCCUUCUUGCGACGUACUGCAGCUGUUGCUGCUGCGUCCGGGUGCGCCUGCAGAAGCCAUGCUGGUGCUGCUGCGUCGGGAGGUCUGCGCCGCAUGUGCCGCCCGCGGCAAGCGGCUCGAAGAAGAGGCAGUGA